CCGGGCAUCAGUUGAAGUACGCGUGAAUGUCUAUCUGUGUUGCUGAUAAAAGACGUCUGUGAGGUACAUCUUCCCCAGCAGGAUUGGAACUUCAGGAUGGAAAACAUUCAAGAAGAAGAGGAGGAUGUGGGUCCGCAGCCCCUCAACAUUAAAGAGGAAGAGGACGAGUCACAGUCCCCCCACAUUAAACAGAAAGAGGAGGAGCCACAGCCGCCCCGUGUUAAAGAAGAAAAGAAGGAGCCACAGCACCUCAGCCUUAAAGAGGAAGAAAAGGAGCAACAGCCGCCCCACAUUAAAGAGGAAGAGGAGGAUCACAGCAUCAGUCAGGAGGGAGAUCAUCUUGAAGGACUGGAGGUGUUCCCAGUGAUUGGUGUCACUGUGAAGAGUGAAGAUGAUGAAGGUGAAAGUGAGGAGAAGAGAGAGGUGGAGCCUCCAAGCAGCAGCUCAACUCAACACAUGACAACAGAAGCUGAUGGAGACCACUGUGGAGGAUCACAAGCACACAACCUCUUAGCUCCACUAUCAGAUAGUGACGACACAACGUCACACUCUCCUGACACUGAUGAUGAAGACUCUGAAGCUGAUAUGACAUGUCACACUGACAACACACGCUGGAAAUGCUCUCAAUGUGACAAAACUUUUGCUAACAAGGGAAACCUGAAAAGACACAGGAGACUUCACACAGGAGAGAAACCUUUCACCUGCUCAGUUUGUGGUGAAAAAUUCUCUAUGUGGUCAAAAUUGAACGUACACACAAAAACACACACUGGAGAGAAAGCUUUUCCCUGCACGGUGUGUGGGAAAAGAUUCUCUCAGCGGUCACAUUUGAAAGAACACACAACAAGACACACUGGAGAGAAAACUUUUCCUUGCAUGGUGUGUGGGAAAAGAUUCUCUCAAACAAGUGAUUUAAAAAAACACACAAGAAUACACACUGGAGAGAAACCUUUUCCUUGCACAGUGUGUGGGAAAAGAUUCUUUCAAACAAGUGGAUUAAAGAUACACACAAGAAUGCACACUGGAGAGAAAACGUUUCCUUGCACGGUGUGUGGGAAAAGAUUCUCUCAAACAAGUGGGUUAAAGAUACACACAAGAAUGCACACUGGAGAGAAACUUUUUCCUUGUGCAGUGUGUGGUAAAACAUUCUCUCGACAGUCAAAUUUGAACGUACACACAAAAACACACACUGGAGAGAAAGCUUUUGCCUGCACGGUGUGUGGGAAAAGAUUCUCUCAGCGGUCACAUUUGAAAAAACACACAAGAAUCCACACAGGAGAGAAACCUUUUCUCUGCACGGUGUGUGGUAAAGGAUUCUGCCAAACAAGUGAUUUAAAAGUGCACACAAGACGACACACUGGAGAGAAACCUUUUCCUUGCACAGUGUGCGGUAAAAGAUUCUCUCAGCGGUCACAUUUGAGAGAACACACAAGAAUACACACUGGAGAGAAACCUUUUCUCUGCACGGCGUGUGGUAAAAGAUUCUGCCAAACAAGUGAUUUAAAAAUGCACACAAGACGACACACUGGAGAGAAACCUUUUCCUUGCACAGUGUGUGGUAAAAGAUUCUCUCAGCGGUCACAUUUGAAAGAACACACAAGAAUACACACUGGAGAGAAACCUUUUUCUUGCACGGUGUGUGGUAAAAGUGUCUCUCAGAAGGUAUCUUUGAUACGACACACAAGAACACACAGUUUUGCUCAACGUGUGGUCUGAGAUUCACAAAUAGUCCAAACUUGACUGAACACAUAAGAAUCCACACUGGGGAGUAACUUGAAAACUUUACACACUUAACACAAUAAUAAGUAUGAACAAAGACAUUAUUACUCUUGAAAUAAAAGUUGUGCAAGAAGAACGACUGCUAACGUUGCUAACUGACAUGAUGAAAUGUUUGCAAUGUUUGUUUUAUUUUUCAUUGUCGUGCAGUAUUGAGAAACAAACAAGACAGAAGACUGCAGUUUGAGGGAGAAGGGGGCUCCGCUUGUUUAUUAAAUCACAAAUAGGGUUCUAAAUGAUAGCAUCUGAAUUACCAGAACUUUGUCUUUAUUUGGAGUUUAGACCUCCCUCCUCCUACUGCCCGCGGGGCUUUUUGGCAGGAGUAAGGGACACUAAAUAAUGAAAGAAUGUCAAAAAAAAUCAACAGUCUCGUUCUUCAGUCACCUGCCAGUGAUCAGGACAAUGAAUGUCUUCUGGAGGGACUCUUUGUAAUGAGGAGCUUCCUUCGCUGAGACGAGUUGGUGACUUUGCACAUCACAUGUAGGAGGAGGGCGCUCAUCUCACUCCUUCCUUGUUGGCAACCUCCUGGAUGUCAUUUCAGCUCCAACUGCAACCUUCCUCGAAUGCGGCCCUUGGCGAUGGCUCGUCUCAGCUGGAGUGGUCUCGCCCCUCGGAUGUGGCCCUCGGGGUGACGCCAUCUCAGCUGGAACGAUCCCUUUCUAUAGCUGACAGUGUGCCUAAUGCUGGCCUGAUUGCCUGUACAACUUAACUAUUAUUUAGGAGAAACAGGACGCACCCAGAACCUGUUCUCAUUAAAGGUGACUGUGUGUAGGUGGUUCACACCUGCAAAUACUUGGGAGUGCACCUGGAUGAUAAACUGGACUGGACUCUUAACAUGGAUGCUCUGUGCAGGAAAAGACAGAGCCCUCCGUUCUUCUUCAGAAGGCUGUUGCCCUUCAACUUAUGCAAGAAGCUGCUACAGCUACCAGUCUGGUAGGUAGUGGCCUCCUGUAUGCAGUAGUGUGCUGGGGGAGCAGCCACAAGAGGAAGGAUGCCACACGCCUGGAAAAAGUGUUGAGCAAGGCAGGCUCUGUCAUUAGCACUGAGCUGGACCAUCCAACAUCUGUGGCAGAGCAAAGAACAUAGAGGAGGCUGCUUUCCAUCAUGGACAACCAGCAUCAUCAAAUGCACAGCAUCAUCUCCCAACAGAAGAGCAGUUUCAGUGGCAGAUUACUAUCACUGCCCUGCUCCACUGAAAGACUGAGCAGAUCAUCCUCCUCCACGCCAUGUGGAUUUUCAACACAACAGAGGGGGAGCGAUAAAAACUCACACAGGACUGGACUUUUGAUCUAAUUAUUAUUAUUAUUAUGUAUUAUUAUUACGUAUUAUUAUUAUUAUGUAUUAUUGCACUACAAAUUGGAAGUGAACCGUAUUUAUUUAUUUAUACGUAUUCUAUUUACUUAUUUUUUAAUUUUCUUUUCUCUACUGUCUUGCCUUGGUUGUUUUAUUUUGUGACAAAGUGAUUAAGUUUAUUGGGACAUUUUUGGAGUGCUGCUCGAAGCGUGAAUUUCUC